AUGAGUGAACUGCGAUGUGCCGCUUCUGAUGACCGACGGAUGUGUGGCUACUGCGACUCGUCGCUGGGCGAAGAGGCCGUUCUGGCGUUAAAUCGCCUCUGGCAUCCCGACCACUUCUUGUGCAACGCAUGUAAGAAGCCCAUUCGACAGACAUUUCAGGUAUGUUAUUUGUUUUUAAAAUGUUGUAUGCUACAUUAGAUUGUGUGUUGCAUUUUAUGAGAAAUUCAUUUUAAAAAAUUUUUAAGUUUUUUUAAUUCCUGUUUAAUUCCUGACCAAGCUUUUCAAAUGAAUUGUCCUGGAUAAUGUAAUUACAAUAAUAAUUUUAGGUCCACAGUGGUUGCGCGUACUGUGUUCAGUGCUAUGCUCAAACAUUCAAUCCAAAAUGUGCCGGUAAGUUUUAUAUUCAUAUUAUUGUUUAAUUAGUUAUUUUUAAUUCUUCUGAAAUUAUGGCAGAAUUAAAAAAAAUUAAUUUCUAAUCACUAUUGUUCUAUUCUAACCCUGACUUAUCAACAAAACCCUAAAUUUUUUUAGGCUGCAACGAAACCAUGAUGGAUACCUGUCUACUAGCCCUUGACAAACAUUGGCAUCCGCGAUGCUUCGUGUGCAAAUUGUGUGGGAAGCCGCUGUCAAAUGGAGAAUAUUACCUCGUGGACGACAAACCGUACGACCUGGACUGUCACUGGGAGAAGCGAUUGGAGAAAAGAAGCCAAAUCAACAGAGACUGUAUCUGA